GUGAUAAGUCUGCUCACAACCACUAUUAUCAUCAUGUCUCUCGUCCAUGGCUAUUGUUCUGAUGAGGAUGAAGAUCUGUUCAGAAGGAACAGUGACACAUUUAGUUUAUCUGCUUUACCAGCUCCCAAGAAGAUCCGAAUUGAUGUACAGGACCCCAUUUCCGCCAUGGUACAACCUGCCCCAUCUAUUCUUACGGAAGACCUUUCAAACCAGUCCUCGCUGGCCACACGACCUACCGAUACUCAAAUGAAUAUAAACAUACCCUACGUCGACAUGAUGCGACCACUGCAAGGACCUGACAACCCAUUCAGCGAUCGCACUCCCUUUGCUAACCAAAAUGCACUCGCGGGGCAUGUUGAAGAGCAGUCUAUGACAGAUCACGCGUUUCGUGCCCAGCAUCUUACCUAUUCCAUCCUCGGUUACUCCGCCAAUCCGUCUGUCGACCCUACAGCUCCGCCUGUUUUGGGUCAUAUCGAAAAAGCACGCGGAAAUUGUUUUGCAACUAUAGAUACUCUCAGGGCGACCAACGCAGAAAAAAAGUUAGUUAAGAGGAAGAGAAAAAACAAAGGGGACCUAGAGGUUGUCGAUGGAGAGGGCUCUUAUGCCGGGCCAUGGGCGGCAUGGGAAGGGGAUGAAGUGGAGGGUUUUUCGCCUGACGUUGAUUGUGAACAAGUAGCAAAUGAUGAAAAAGAAGAGGAAGAACCAGAGCUAGAAGUUAGGAAGAAAAGAUCGCAGCCAAAGCGCGGUGCUGUGGGACAGGAGACCACCAUAUUUCACGGAAAGUCAACGACCGACUAUCAAGGACGAACAUAUAUGCAUCCUCCCCUUUCAGACGCACCACACCUACUAUCAGAACCUGGUUCACAGGACACAUUCUUACCCAAAUACUGUGUUCACACGUGGACGGGCCAUACACAAGGCGUCUCAGUAAUACGUUCUUUUCCCAAUACUGGGCACCUUCUACUGAGUGGGUCCAUGGACACUAAAAUUAAGCUUUGGGACGUCUACACUCACGGGAACUGUCUCAGAACUUUCCAUGGUCACGUCCAGGCCGUCAAGGAUAUAACUUUCUCCAAUGAUGGCCGGAAAUUUCUGUCUUGUGGAUACGAUCGUCAAAUGAAACUGUGGGAUACCGAGACUGGCCAAUGUCUGAAGCGUUUCAGUAAUGGCAAAACACCAUAUGUUGUGCGCUUCCACCCAGGGGAAGAAAAACAAAAUAUCUUCCUCGCUGGUAUGUCGGACAAAAAGAUAAUCCAGUACGACAUACAUUCCGGUGAAAUUACACAAGAGUAUGACCAGCAUCUUGGGCCCGUCAACACAAUCACAUUUGUGGAUGACAAUCGCCGGUUUGUAACGACUUCCGAUGAUAAAACUAUCCGGGCAUGGGAUUUUGAUAUCCCAGUGGUAAUAAAGUACAUUGCGGAGCCUCAUAUGCACUCUAUGCCCGCCGUGACAUUACACCCAUCUAAGAAGUACUUUGCUGCGCAAUCAUUAGACAACCAGAUUCUGAUUUAUAGCACUGAUAAUUUCCGCCAAAAUCGGAAGAAAAGAUUUGCAGGACAUUCCGUCGCCGGCUAUGCUUGCCAGGUUGGGUUUUCCCCUGAUGGGAAGUGGAUCAGUAGUGGGGAUGGUGAGGGGAACGUCGUGUUUUGGGAUUGGAAGACCGGAAGGAUCAAAUCCCGGCUCAAGGCGCACUCAAAGGUUGUCAUUGCACAUGAAUGGCUUCCGCAUGAGACGUCUAAAGUAAUAACAGCUUCAUGGGACGGUCUUAUCAAACUAUGGGAUUGAAAUGAAUUAUCCAUUAAACAGGCCUGAUCCACAAUGGACGCCAUCACGUGACGAAAAACAUUAACACCGUGACAAACCAAAUACUUGCCACCUUCUAUUCGAAUUAUCUAGACUUUUUGUUUGCCAGAAAAGCUGGGUGUAGUAACUAUAAGUAGAUUGCUGCAAGCGUGUAAAAGGACGGUCUAGUACCUCUAAAUGCAAGACUCCAUCUAAUAAUAUUGUAGGUAAUAUAGAGUAACAACGACCACGGACAAAGAAAUCCCUACAUCUUGCACAUCCUCCACAUGGGGCCCAGACAUA